AUGGUGGAUCUCUUCUUUCUUCAAUCAUAUUUCACAGCUUCAUCAGAAUCAUUAGCUGUGGAGGAUUGUUCCUCUGGUGCUUAUUCUUCUCAAGCCACUGGUGAAAACGAUAGGAGGCCAGAUACGGGUAAUAUUGAAGAAGCCGAAUCAUCUCUUCGUGAAAAUGGUUCCUUAAAUUUUGAGGAAGCAAGAGCGUUGUUAGGGAGAUAUGAAUAUCAAAAGGGAAACAUAGAAGCUGCUCUUCAUGUGUUUGAAGGGAUAGAUAUAGCAACAGUAACUCCAAAGAUGAAGAUUAGUCUUUCCCAAAGAGGCGAACCUCGUAGAAGAGUUUCUCAUAAUUAUGGGGAUCCACCAUUGUCUAUACAUGCUGUUGGUUUACUCCUUGAAGCAAUUUUAUUUCACACUUCUGGACAAAAAAAAAAAAAAAAAAACAAACCUGUGUGCUGUGAUGUUGAAGACGAAGGAGAUGGAGGAUGGGCAGUGAAAUCGGCGACCACCAGCAGCAAGGAGCGGCGACCACCAGCAGCAAGGAGCGGCGAGCAGCAGCAGCAGCGACGGCGACCGGCAGCAGCAGCGACGGCGACCAAAAUUCUUCCGGUCUUCAACACGUUCGACGCCAAGAAAGAAUGA